AGGACCUGGUCUUCGACUGCAACCGCCAUUCUCCUUCCGUCGUUUCCUUGCAUCUGGCAGCUUGCCCAUCCAAUUCCGCUCGUUCUCUAUCCUACUUAUCCUAAUUUUUGCUGUCGAAUCUGUUCUCUCACGAAACCGCUUUCGAUUGACACCGAAUUUGUCCGAUCCAGGUCACCCUUAUUUCGCUUAUAGUUCAAGUUCAACUUCGAUUCUUGCUUUCUUCCCACUCUUCUCGUUGAUGUCCAUACGCAAGCCCUGACCAUGGACGCCAAUGAACUCGGACGAUGGACCCGCUUUGCUGCAAAGGGCGGCAUUGGAAAGUGCACAGCUCUCCAGGACUGUAUUGCAGAGCAAGCGGAUGAUCUUAUGUUCUUGAAAGAUGACGAGAUUACCGUGCUGAUGCAGCUACCUGGUCAAGAUGACCUGUAUUUGGGUUAUUGUGAAGGCGUAGUUGGCCGAUUCGCAGGGUCUUCCGUUCGUUUUCAUGGACGACUGAAGAAACCCGUUAUGGCCAAACGCUCCUCAACAGCCCCGUCUUCUUCUCGUCCUUCGUCUUCAUUGAGUGCAGCUACAAUUGCAGGACGUAUUUCUCCCGGGAUCGCAUUACGCAGUUCACCUUCUCUCCAGACACGAAUGUCGCGCAGUCACUCAAUGUCCACGUCGGUGUCUGCUCUUGUCGACUCAGUCAACUUAAGCGCUCCUUUCCAGUCCUCGCCUUCACCCGUUCCCCGAUAUCCUUUGACUGCACGUGCCAUUCCUCCCGAUGACAGCUUUGAUCUCCACUCUGUUAGCCUUUCAUCUGUUUCCACUGGCUUAGAGUCUGCCCCUAGGACACCCGCGGAAAUUCUCAGGGACGAACAUACAGACAAUGUGAAAGUUGCGGGCGAAUAUCAAGAGGUUCACUCACCCACAGAUUUGAAUCCGGACGUGACCUUGCGCGAUCACGAUGAGACGCUAGCAACUCCAGACAGUCCGGAUGAUUCACUGAAGCGAACACCAUCAUUCGAAGCUGACAAUGAUCAUAGUAUUUCUGACUCGACAAUGACAGCCCCACUGGAUAGCGAGCAUCCAUCUUACCUCUUCUCAGAACCAAGUACUCGUAUAUCGGCUGCCUUGUCAGACGGUGAGGUCGGUAUUGGCCUGUCCCUGUUGCAAGAUUUCGUGAACGGAGGGGGUGAUUCGGACUCGGAUUCAGAGUCGCGAGCGAGUAGUAGAAGUGGCACACGAUCUCUCGUUGACGGUCAGAAUGCGGUUGAGAACAUGCCGGAGGCGAAGGAUGGCAAACAAGAGACUUCGUUUAUCCCAUUCUCUGAACCGGUAGCGCCAUCUCCCACAACAUCGGUCGCCGCUCAGUUUGAACCACUUUCACCUCCACCUCCCUCUCCUUCCAUUCGCUCAGUAAUAUCCAGAGGGUCAAUGCAUCCUUCUGCGACCGAUUCUGAGUAUGACAGAGAGGAAUGGGAGGGCGCGUCAGACAUCUAUGACAACUACAGAUACUCUCGGUUUUCCAUGGCCUCCAAGAUGUCACGUCUGUCCAAAGCCUCGAUGCAUACUGUCGCAUCAGGAUUUGGUCUCGGAGUGCCACCUGUCCCGCUUGAUUCUCGUAGACCAAGUAUUGACAGUGUUCGACCGAGAUUCAACUCGACAGAGGAAGUCCCCCGUAUUUCCACCGACUCUGUACGCAAGUCACCCAUCCCAGUAUCUUCCCCUUCGUCCCCGCUUGCGGACAACGUAGUGAACUCUCCAACCGGUGCAAGGCUUGCUGAGGGCAAACACGUUCCGUCUCCCCUAACAUUCGCAUCGGAAAACACUUUGUCCCAUGGUCAGGAGCGUUUAGAAGGCGGCAGCAAUGAUUCACCGCUACUCCAUGCUACGUUUACUUCACCAGGGUUAUCGUCUAAUGAUGGGUCAGUACUUUCUCCGCAUUUGCCUUCAUCACCAUCGUAUUCAAUGUCAGCUGCCGGGGCUGCUACGGCUCUCCGACAACGUCUCGAGAUGGAACGCGAUUCACGCCCGACAAGUCCAGCUGUCCCGGUUACCACCCUAACGCCUGACGUCCCUUCAAGUCGUUUGUCUACUCAACCUAUUGUGAUGGAAGAUGAUACAGAGGAUCGUGUUGUUUUGGGUUCAUUUUCGCCAAAGUCCGAGGCUUAUUCACCUCAGCCUAGUUCUAGCAUUGGUUCACCAUCCUCAGUUUUGACCUCCCCAACUUCUCCCACGUCUUCCUAUGUACCCGAGAAAAAGGCUAUGCGUUCUCCACUUGUCGUUAUGAAUCCGGCACCACCUCCCCCAUAUACACCUCUUUCACCCACCGCCGCCUCUUCAUCUACAGUGCCCGUUACCGAGCCACUGUAUCGUUCUCCACCUCAAACACGUUCUCCUCCGUUGCAACCAAACUCUCAGUCUAUGCCUUCGGGAUCAAAGGGAUCAAGACAAAGUCUGUUUCUUCCUCACCCACAUGCCCCAAAGCCUACUGCAUUGUCGGCUGGACCUCUGUAUGGACGUACGCCCCCAGCACCGAUGUCGAAUCCCUCUCCCAGCGGCCCACCGCCCGGAUCUAUCCUCCAUACGCUGCAUGUCGCCCUCACGUCUCGAUUUGAUGUCAGUGGCCGUCCUCGACGAACAACGAUCUACGGAAAGCUGGAACAAGAUCUGUCUGUCUCAGUCGGACCCGUCCCCAUCUCGUUUUCCCUGGAACCUCCGAAUAACAUUCCGGCGAAUCGCGUCAACGCCAAUGCAGUUAGACCAUUCUCGACAUCACCUCUUGCAGAUUCGUCUCAGCCACCACAACCGCCACAUCGUAUGGCUUCUCCGCCAAUGGGGCCUGCUCCUAGUUCGGAACCGUCAAGUACGUCCACAUCAGGUGCACCUGCGACCAAAGUCAUCCCUCGUGCCAAUUUCUUCCCGAAGGCACAAACACCUCGGCCACGGUCAAGAUCGUUCUCUGGGUUCGAUUCACCAUUCCCUGAGAUCGAAUUGCUGAAGGAUAAGAGUCAGACCUCGGACGAUGCCACGCCUCAACCGCGAGGUUCUAUCCAGACUCCACCACUACAAUCUGCCAAACGUUCAAAGUCUGCCUCCGCAACACUCUCGAAUGUGAAUCCGACGCCACAGCGGGCUACUGUAUCUCACGCAACAGCGCGAUCAGUGUCGCACAAGCCAUCACCGCUUUCGCUAUCCCAGAAUAUCAUCGUGGCUUCACCGAUCUCUCCUUCACCAAAGUCGCCUACAAAGGUGCCUACGAGCCCUUUAGCUGGUCCGCCUAUCCUACCUUCAGGUAGCCCUGAUUCUGACAAUACUACUGCUGAGACGCAGACUGAAAGUGUCGCUCAGGCGAAUGAUUCGGAGCCUGCAUCUCCGGCAUCCGUGAAGCAGCCUUCGAGUCCACUCCGGGCUUCUGCUGCUGCCAAAUCUCAAAUUCCGCCUGCGGAUAAGUCUUCUGGGUCUGGACAUUCUACUCGACCUCUACGGCACAGCAGAUCGUCCAUCUCGCACAAAGGGUCAACAGUUCGAGAUUCUUCUCCUCAGUCUCGUGCGUCGACUCAAGGGCGACGUUCUUUUGACACGGACGCAUCUCACUACAGUGAUGCUCGGUCAGUCGUCUCUCCUACUUUCGGGAGCCCGCCUCUUGCAUCUGUACCCUUGGGACGCAGCGGUUCGCUGAGGUCCAAACUAUCAUUGCCAACGCUGCGAAUCAGAAACCUAGAUCGUAGUCAGCAAGACCAGCGAAGUCCUACUUCAAGCUUAUCGCCCAGUGAACAAGAUCAACGAACCGUUCAAGUGAAAGAUACCGACUUUGAGCUAGUCAAGCCCACCCUUCCCACCUUGUCUCUUGCGUCUGUUAACGAGGACUCCUUGCCACUGCCGCAGCCUAGCCCUAUACGUGCAGAGUCGUCCAGUAUGCUUCGUGCAGAUAGCCCUGCAUUGUCUACACUGUCGGCUUCGACGUCUCGUUCACGGCCCGGACCUAAUCUACAGGCAUCACCGGUUUUGGCAGCCAACAAGAAGUUAGAUCUCGGAGAUGUAGAAGCACAUCGACAACGUGAACUCAAAUGGAUAUCGUCGAUCUCGUCAAUACCCGCUUCUCAAGCGAGAAAAAGCAAAAAGGUUCGAAAGCUUUUGCAAGAGGGCGUGCCUUCCUCAGUUAGAUAUCUUGUCUGGGCGCAUCUCACCGACAGCCGCUCAAAGCGUAUGGACGGUCUCUAUGAACGAUUAGGCAAACGCGAACGUGUUGCUGCCUCGGCAAGUAUCGAGCAAGACGUUCAACGAUACGCCGCCGAACAUUCGGGUGUUCAAGAGGGCUCUUUGAACAAUUUACUUCAAGCGUAUCUGACAAUGGUUCCCGAUAUCCAGUACGGUAGAGGUCUCGUUUAUAUUGCUGGCUGUUUGCUGCAAAUGUCGCCGGAGGAGGAUGCAUUCUGGACUUUCAUAUCCUUAAUGGAUACUCACCUCCGCCCUUACUUCUCGUCCAAUGCUAUCCAACUGGAAAUUGAUGCGUCGCUAUUUGGCAAAGCUGUCGAUGCUCAUGAUUCUAUCGCUUCCAAGAGGGUAUUCGUCGAUAUGGCAAUCCACCCUAUUCAACUAUGUCGGACAUGGUUCUCUGCUUUGUUCGUGGAAGUCCUACCUCCUGAGUAUCAGUACCGUAUCUGGGAUAUAUUUUUGUUUGAAGGUAAGCAUACAACUGAGCUGCCUGCCUCGUUUCAUUUAACGACUCUAUCAGGUGUGGCGUUUUUAUUCCGAGUUGGUCUCGCCAUCAUCUCGUGUUGCAAACGAAUGAUCAUGGAUACAUCUGGACGAGACAAUCUGCUCGCUGGUCUCCUGCGUCCUCCCAUCGCGCUGCUGCCAGCUAGUCCCGAUGCAUUUCUGGAGCUCGCUUUCUCCGUCAAGCUGAAAGACGACGACAUUCGUAAGCAGCGUAACAAGAAGGACGUGCAGACGAAGCGGCAGACGCAGUUCCGCUCAUUAUCAGCGCAGACAGGUGCCUCCAUGCCAAACAUCUCUUUGCCGAAAACAUAGAGUGGACCUCUCCGGUCCUGUCACUCGUUUACUUCACGGUAUAUAUGGAUACAUUCUCGUACAUAAUUGUGCAUUGUCUUAUUUUUUUCGGCUGUAAUGAUAGAGACCUUGGUUGAUUUGAAACAACUUAUUUCUGACGACAUAAGAUCUGAUCCCAAGGACAAGGUGCCAAGUCAAUAGGAGAAGAUCAGCUCUGCGUUGAACCUUGCGUCUCCCGUACAACACACCUGGAUGCCCGAUGGAACACAAAGUUGAUCGUCGAGAACAUCUCAAAAAUUUUGAUUGAUAAAGAUGAAUACCUCAUCAUUCGUGGUUCAUCCAAUGGGAACGUCACUUAACGUGGCGUUACAGUGAUCAUGUACUGUCAAGUCAUCAAACUUGUGCUGAAGUACAGCAAACGUUAGCGACAAAUCGGUGAUUGCAAGGAUUCAAUUUGGAGAAGCUCUCGCCAAAUCUCUUUACUUCGAUGAAGGAUCAGGUUUAUCAAAACUAUCCUGGCAAUAGACACUAAUAGUUCGUUCUCUUCCUCCCGUGUGGCAAUUGAAACAUGAUAACAUCGUCAAGCCUAGCCCAGGAACAAAUUCAGUCGCGUUUCAGGGGCUUUGCAGACAUGUGCUUCGCCCCCGUUGGCUUCCGUUCAUGGAAUAUUACCCGCAUACUUGUAGCGCUUCGCGAGUAUACGAAAGUGUCUUACGCAGUACCUAUUGUUACAGGAUUAAAUUCGGCUCGAUCGCCGAGUGGUGAACCUAGUUGACCGAAGGGUAGCAGGAUGCCAAACGUACUCCUUUUUGCCCAGUGGACAGCCGGCCUCCUAUAUAUGCUGGUGUGCUUACUUGGCGUUGAAUGUAAAAGUGUUUCUGACUUC